CUCGACGACGCAAAUUUUCGAACGUUCAAGGUCGUAUCUCGUAACAAUUAGAUAGAAGCAGCUUGUGAUUUGCAAACUACUGAAUAAUAGAUUGUCUGCAUCUGCACUUUGAGUUUGAUAACCGCAAUUAGACGGGCGCUCAUUAGGCGAAGAGUCUGUACCCACCUAGUUAUACACUCUAACGCAAAUCAAGGCAUCUGAUCGAGUUCCACCUAAUGAUGUCCAAUGUACCGAUCUCGGUAGGAAGUGGAUACUCUUCUUUGACUGGAUUUAUCUUUCUUUUUAACAUAAUUGUGGGCACUGGCGUUUUGACACUUCCAGCCGCGUUUCAGGAAGCAGGAUGGUUGAUCUCUGUAUGUGUUGUAGUUAUUCUGUGCUUUUUGAGCUUUUUAACUUUCACAUUUGUCAUUGAAGCGUUAUCUAUAACCAAUGCAUUACUCAAAUCUAAAUAUCUACGUGAGGGUGAAGAGCAUGAAGAUAAUAAAAGUCUAGUUGGUAGAAUGUCUGGUGGUACAACUAGAAUUGUCCCAAGUGACUUCGAAAUUACGGAGAAAUACGAGCUUGGUCAAAUGUCGCUCUUUUAUUUUGGAAAAGUGGGGAACGUUUUGAUGUACAUCAACAUUUGUGCGUAUUUAUAUGGUGACCUGACCAUUUACUCUUCAGCAGUUCCAAAGUCGUUACGCAAUGUUAUCUGGUUGACAACAUCAUGGGCUGACUCACACUAUUAACGUUGUAUACACAUUCUUUAUCAACACCCUUUACCCGAAAGAUGGUGUUAUCAAAUAUUCCUAACCUUUUCAAUGGUUAAGAAUUACAGGAUUUAUCUAUCGUCAACAGCUAAAUUGUUUAUUGAUUGGUAUAAAAAAUUUCAACUCUGGCAUUCGUAUGAAAAAUAAUACUUCGGAGUGUGCUCGAAAAUACUAAAUAGAUGAAUGUGUAUAUGGCAACAAUAAAUUGAUUUAUUUGUGAUAAAAAAGUGUUUGUUCUUUGCCUUGAAAGAGACUAAUAAUUUUUUAACAUAUUUUAGUUCUUUUAAUAACUCACGGGAUUCUUUGUCGGAUUCAAAUCUUUGUUGGGAAUCGUCAUCUCUCACUCGCUUAGACGUGUAUAGGAUAUUAGUUGUUUGUUUUGGUGCAUGUGUUUGCCCAUUCUUGUUCUUCAAUGUAAUCCGUUCUCGAUGGCUUCAACUACUGACCGUUUGUCUACGAUGGAUUGGUUUUAUUUUGAUGUUGAGUUUUUCAAUUGAAAGAGCUAUUAUUCUGCACAAAAACUUUACAGUUGCAACGUUUCACCAUAAUGUUAGUAUGUAUUGGAAUCCUUCAAUCUAUUCAUUACUUAUAAAAUCUGAACCAGUUCCAAAACCGCCAGCCUUUCAACCUCAAAAUAUACCAAGUUUAUUCGGAGUUUGUGUGUACGUAUUUAUGUGUCAUCAUUCUAUACCUGGUAUUGUAACUCCUGUUAGAGAUAAGAGUAAAAUACUAUGUAGAAUAUUUAUACCUGUCUUCAUUACAGUUCUAUCGUUUAACCUCUUAUUAUCUACUACAGCUAUAAUCGCAUUUAAUCAUAUUGAAGAUAUUUACACAUUGAAUUUUCUACCGAACAAUGAAUUUAUCGACAUAUCACAAAUUCCUUAUACAUUAGCUUUGAUAAUAGGUUAUUUUUUAUGUUUAUUUCCUGUGUUUGCGUUGACUUCAUCUUUUCCAAUAGUUGGAACUAGUUUACUUGGGAACAUUUUUUCUUUAUGUAACUUCUUCUCUGCAUUCGGAAGUGAUAGAGCUCAAAACAUUUUGAAGUACACAUUACCAUUUGUCGUACUACUGCCACCAUUAGGGAUUGCAUUAAUAACUAAUAAUGUUGGAUAUUUAACUGGUUUUACCGGGGCAAUUUUUGGUUCAGGUAUACAGUAUAUAAUACCAGCGCUGUUAGUAUUUAAAGCACGUCGAUACUUUACACACUGUGUUCCUCUGAAAGAAUCUUAUCUUGAAACAACAACAGAUCUACAGCAAAGUGAUGAUACGACAUCGGCAACUGUUGGUGAACAAAUGAUACAACCAAAUUCCAGCAAUAAUAAUACGGAGAAUGAGAAUAUCAUGUAUGGUUCAACAAAUGACAUAACAACACCACAUUCUGUUUCAAUUAUAGGAAAAUGUUCCAACCAUCAUUUAUUGUCUAUUUCUAUGCAUGCAUCACCAUUUCAGAACUUUUUCUGGAUAAUAAUAGCUUUAAUUUGGGCUUUAUUUUGUACUAUCAUUGUCCUCAUUGACAAAAUACACCAUCUUUGAACGCAACGUUUCUUAGGAUUUCAUUUUUUCUGAAAAAUCUAAACAUGUUUUAUCCCUCUUUAUCAGGACCUCUUUGUUGAUUAUGGUUACUUCUACUGAAUCACAAUAGUGAUUUUAUAUUUUUAAUCAACACUAAGCUGAUUAAACUAUAUAUAUAUUACACACGUAACCAUGUGUUCCAAUGUUGUCUAGUCGUAAUAUUUUUAUUUCUUAACUAUUAUUAAUUCGACCGCAUACGAUUAGUUGAUUGACCACUUAUAAGUAAUUUCAAUUCAAACAACGUGAAAGUUGAUACCAUUGUAGAGAAAAUUUUAAAAAAUGUAUACUUUCUAUAUGACGUGAGAGUAACUGAUUUCUCAACGAAUGUAUAUCAGAUAGAACUAGCCAGGAUGAAAAUUUCUUCACUGAAA